GUAUUCGUACUUCGUGAUCUCCGUUAUUGAGCGUUUGAAGAGCGCGCCAUCACGCGCCAUUGCUGCUAUUAUUUCGGCCGGGUGCGCACUUGCAGGAGUGAGAAAGAGAUCACUGGUUGAACGAUACGCGUGGUUCUUACGGAGUUAUGGAUCGUAUCGUACGAGUAUAGAUUAAUUAGCUUGUAUUCGAGUAAUACCUGCCGAAUUUCAACCCCAUAAGACGCAAAUGCGGUGUCAGAUUGAGAGAAACCCGGCGGUUUAGCUCUGCAAUCUGAGAAGUCCGACUGACCCAACCUCGCCAAAAUUGCCAUAGACAUCGACAUGGAAACGGUCGAGAAGAACGAGCUCGACGUUCUUCGGGAGAUCGCGAGCGACGAGGAACUGGCGCAAAUACCAGCGGAAUUAGCGAAGAAAAUUCACUCGCACUUCACCGCGAAAUGCGACGAAUUCAUAACCGCCAAGGCUGUCUUCGAGAGCAACCGCAAGAAUCUAGAACAAAACUUAGAGAAAGCGCAGAAAGAACUCGCGGAACACAAGGUGAAUCUUGACGAGUGUAGAGGAAAGCUGGAGUUGGCGGAAAAGUAUAGCGCGGAGUCAAGCAGCAGUCUCGAAGAAACAAGAAAUGAAGUGUACAAGUUAAAAGAAUCUGUUCAAAAAUUGGAGAAGGAAAAUGGCGAGCUGCGAAGACACAGAGACACAAUCACAGAUGACAGAAAUGCACUGCAGUUGCAAGUUGAGAGGCGAGAUACUGAAAUUGCAAGGAUGUAUACUGAAUUAUCCUCUCUGGGCACUCAGCUUCAAGCCGCCAUCGCAGCGAAGUGUCAAGUUUUGGCUGAAACGGAAGAAAUUCACAGUCUAAAGAUGACGUUGGAUUUCAAGGAGAAGCGGCUCGAGCAGGAACGAGUACUUCUUGCUCAGCAACUGGCGGGCCUCGAGGAAGAAUUGGCUAAGAGAAAUUCCGAACUACAGACGACAAGGUCCGAGGCCUCAGCUAGGGCACUCUUAACCGACACCAAGUUAACUCAGCGUGAGGAGGAGCUGCGAAUAGCUAACGAAGCAAAUUCCCAGCUUCGUGAAUCCGUUUCUUCCUUACAAAAGCGUUCUGACGAACUGGCUCAGAAACUGGAAGAGCAACGAAUCCAUGAAAUCUCUAUGCACAAUUCGUACCGCGAAGAAAUUGGCGCGCAGACAAGAUUGGCCGAUUUGUACAAGUCCAUGGCAGACGAGGCCAAUUCCAAGGCGGACGAAUUUUCCAACGCGGUGAAGGAGCUUCAGGAACUUUUGGAACACGCCUCGGAACAGUAUGGUAUUUUGGAGACCAAGCACAAUCAAUUAGUGUUGCAGCACAAGCAAGAUAUCGACGACAAAGAACAGAAUAUCCAAGAACUGACGAAGGAGCUGGAUAAUGCUAACGAGUUGCUGAAAAAUAUUCAGCAAGAGAGAUUGGAUCAAGCUGUGGAACAGUUGGCACCCACAGCAGCUAUAACCAGUCGAGUGUUACGGAAAGGCUUGAGCCUCACGCAGAUUUACACUCAGUUGGUCGAGGUCACCGACCAGCUGACCCAGGAGAGACAAGAGAACGAACGUCUGAAAUCUCAAAUGGACGUGAUUCUCUGCGAACUGCAGCAGAAAGCACCAUUGCUGCAACAACAACGUCAGGACUACGAAGCAGCCAUAUCGAAUAUAGAGAUACUAACUUGCAAGCAGGACGAGCUCCUCGCUGAGAAUCAACGUCUCGUUGAGAGCUCCAACGAAGCAAAGCGUCUUGCCAAUCAUCACAGUAAGGAAAACCAGAAAUUGAAGGUGGAACUCAGCGACUUAGCCAGACAAGUGUGUUAUCUCCUGAAGGAAGUCCAGGAAAGCCGUGCCGGCGUAGAGAGCCGAGAUUCGUCUUCCCGAGACACCUCCUUCGAUACAGACAACAUUGUAUCCUCGCAGAUCAUUAGUAAGAAACUGGUGACUUUCAAAGAUAUCGAGGAGUUGCAGGAGAACAACCAGAAGCUGCUGGCUGUUGUCCGCGCGCUGUCCUCCAGACAAGAAGAAAUCGAGCGCGCUACAGACGAGAUCAAUUCGGGCGAGAUGAAGGAGAAGCUGGACCGUUACAUGGAGCAAUUGGCGGAUAUGCAGGCUGCACAGGAUCGGCAAUCGAAAAUGCUGGACAAUCUUCUGAAGCAGAGGGACAUGUACAAGAACAUGUACCAGCAGAGGCUGAAGAAUUCCACGAACGAUAAGAAGGAGAUGAUGGAGGUGGAGGACGAAGAGGGUAAGUCGAGGACGAAGGAGGACUCGAAGGCGACGAAGGACAACAAGGACGAGGAAAGGGAGAAGGAAUGGUCGAAGAAGCUGAAGGAGGUCGAGGACAAGCUCAAGCAGGUCUCGGACGAGUACGAGAUGUACCGGAAGGAACGGACCGCGCACGAGAAGAUGUUGAGCGAGGAGGUGGAAAGGCUCAGGAAAGAGGCGGAGGCGAAUUCGGCGAGGUGUUGCAGACUGAAAGCGCAAUUGGACUCGGCGAAUGAAAGAUUCACGCUUCUGCAAGGCAACGUCUCCUCGUACAAGACCCAAAUCAAGGCUCUCGAGGAUAAGUGUAACAAUUACAACGUCACCAUCGGCAAGCACGAACAGAGCAUCAUGAUCUUGAAGGACGAGACGCUCGCCGCCCAGUCUCGUUUAUCCCGGGCGGAGGUUCAAUUGGAAAACCUCCGCCACGAGCGCCAACUCCUCCGGGAUUCCGAGGGACGAUUGCUGAAGGAGCGAGAAGUCUACCAGAGAGAGAGACAGACGCAGGUUCUGCUCAAAGCGGAUAUGGAGUCCAUCAAGGCGAGUUUGGAGCGAGUUCAAGCCGAAGGGCAGCUCAGGGCCGAGCAAAGAUUCGACGACGCUAAUAGGGAGUGCGCUGCUCUCCGGCGUCGCCUUCAAGAGGAGCAAGAUCGUUUCAGAGACUUGGCGGCGCAUCUGGAGAGGCAGUUGGCGACCAACCAGGAGAGACUAAAGGAAGAACGCGAACUGAACGAAAGGCUGAGGAAGGAAGUGGAACAAUCGAAACAGAAUGAGCAUGAGAGCAGCCAGAAGGUUGAAGAAUUAGGAAACAAAUUGAAACAGAUGGUUGCCAAUUACAUCGAAAAGCCUCUGACAGGGGACGAGAAUCUGGUGAAGAGGGUGAAGGAACUGGAGGUACAACUAGACGCCUGCCAAACUGAGAUCAAGUCGCUCACGGAACAACUGAGGACGGCCAGGCAACAGAGUCAGCAGUACUGCGACAUUGCCGAGAGCGCUGAGACGCAGCUGCGAGAGCUGUCAGCCGAAUACAACAAGUGCAAGGAUGAGCUGACGAAGACAUCGAAGGAUUCACGCGUGGAGAUCAUUUCGUUGCAGAAGAGAGUGAAGGAACUGGGCGACGAUCUGACGAAGAUAUCGAAUGGCAAGCAGGAGACCGAUUCGGAACUGAGGGAGAAACUGGCUAAUGCCGAGAGCAAAGUCGAGGAGCUGGAUGAACUAAAGGGUGAGAUCGAGCUGUUGAAGAGCGACUUGAAGUCGACCGCGAUCGCGGCCAAAGAAGCCGAAGAAAAAUACGCCAGGGAGAUGGUGCUACACUCCGCCGAUCUACAGGUUCUGGCCAAGCUGAAGGAGGACACUCAGCAGGUCCAGCAGCGGUUCAACACCCUGACGCAGGAGCGAAAUGUGGCGAUAGAGGCUCUGAAAGCCGAGAAGUCGGCCUUCCAAGAAAUGGAGAAGAAGCUGAUGAACGAGAUCGAAGAGUCCCAAAAGAGAAUCGAAGACCUGGACACGCAGAAUGUGCUUCUGCACAAUCAGAUUCAGGAGCUGGGCAAUCGAGCGGCCAUCAUGCAGAGCCAGCAGACCAAGAUAGGCGGACGGGAGAGUCCCGACACCAGCCUGGAAGCUGUGAACAAAAGCUUCAGUUCCGUGGGGGACGAGGAUUCGAACUCGGUCGAACAGUUGUUGCGGGUGAUGAAGUACUUAAGAAGGGAGAAGGAUCUGGCUCUGGCGAAAUCCGACGUUCUCAGGGCGGAAAAUCUCAGGCUGAAGUCGCAGGCCGAUGUGGUGGAAAAGCGGCUGAAGGAGAGCGAGGCUUUGCUGAACUCCGAACGAGAGAAGGCCGAGAUCGACGUAGUGACUACGUCCAAGCAUGCGGAAUUACUGCGCAAGGUGGAGACUCUGAACGCCAUCACGGACUCGAAUCGGAUCCUCAGAGAAGAGAGAGACAGCUUGAGCGCGAAGGUGAACGAGCUCGUAGCCAAGGUGAACGCUUUGUCGGAAGAAGUGGUGCCUCUUCGAGACAUAUCUCGAGACCUGACGGCUAAAACUGAAGUUCUCACGGAAGAGAAUACCAGCUUGAAGAACGAAGCGACCAGAUGGAGGCAGAGAGCGAACACGUUGCUGGAGAGGGCGAAUAAGCUCAGCCCCGAGGACUGGCGGCGGUUGCAGACCGAGAGAGAGAACCUGAGCAAGUUACUGACGUCGGAGAGGGAGACUCACGCGAAGAGAACCGACGAAUACAAUCAGAUGAAGACGGAGAAGGCGAAGCUCGAUGAGCAACUGGCGCAGCUGCAGAAACAGCUGCAAACACAAGGUGAGGAGUUAACCCGGAUGUCGGAGGAAGUCCGCAAAUUAAGCCAGGAUCUCAACGAGUCGCUGGCUGACUCUACCUCGAAGGCCAAAGAUUUGGCUUCUCUCAGGAAGGAGUUGAGCGACAAAGAGGUGAUUCUCAACGACAUCAAGAAUAAGGAGAUCCAAAUACGCAAAAUAGCCAAGAAGUACAAGACACAAUUUGAGGAACUCACGAAGACCGUCGAGGAGGAGAAGAAGAGCAACGAGGAGGCCAGGAACGAGGAAGCCGCCAACGCAAACGCGCAAGAGCGGGAGGAACAGUUGCGAGAGGAGGGUCGGCAGGAGCUCCGUCAGGCUAACAUCGAGCUCACGGCGAAGACGGACGAACUGACCCGCCAGAUAACGAUGGCUCAAAGCGAGGCCGAGAACCUGAGGAAGGAGAUCGAGACGCUGAACCGCAGCAUCGUGGAGAAGGAGGAGAGGGCGAAGCAAGUGCUCAAAGGCGCCAGGACGAAGAUCAUGCAGCUGACUGAAUCGAAGAAAACGUGCGAGAAGGAACUGUUAGACCUGAAGUCCAGGAUGGACUCGGCGGGAGGCAGUACGGGCGUCCAGGCCGAUCCCGAGGCUGAGCACGACAAUCGACUGACAGCGUUGAAGUCGCAAAUGGACGGUCGUAUCUCCCGAUUAGAGCACGAGAAAGCGGAAGUACAAGCGGAGAAGGAGGCUCUGCUGCAGCGGGUCACUCAACUCCAGAGGCAGUUGUCGGGUGUGAGUGGAGUUAGUGCGACCACGGAGCCGCCCACCGCAAAUAUCAAGCCGAUGUCCGCUAGAGCGGAGACUCCUCUAGCCAGUAUCAGGCCGAUGAGUAUGGUACAGUCUAGAACAGCAGCGGUGCUUCCGACCACAGCCAGUGCGCCGGUAAUGGUCGCGCCGCACCAGAUGCAGCAACAGCAGCAGCAGCAGGUGGUGCACACUACGGAGACGAGCUCGCCGACUAGCAGUCUGACGGAUUUCCAGCCGGCGAGCACCAGCAGUUCCUCGCAGGGUGCGCAAACCAGUAGCCUCCGUCAGCUGGUGGUGCAGCCACAGCUCAGCGAAUCCGCCGAGUCCACACAGAGGGAAGACCCGGAGAGCGUGGAGACGCUGAGCGUUCAGCCGCAACAGCAGCAGUGUCAGCAGCAACAACAACAGCAAACGGUGGCGCUAGUUAGCCCAAGAGUGGAGCAGCAGCAGCAGCAGCAGCAGCAGCAGGUGGUCGUCAGCGACCAGCAGCAGACUGUCGCGAGCAGCUCCACCCAGUCGGUCAGCACGUCGCAAGCUUCCACGGGGCUGAAGAGGCCCCGUGGCCUGGACUCCACGGCCUCUGGUUCCGGGAUUGUCGAGGGGGUGGACCACGGACGUCAGGAGCAAGCGCAGAGUCCAAAGACCAAACGAAGCAGGCAGGACAUGAGCGCGACUGCGAGUGCCAGUGCUUCAGAAGUGGAGUAUCAGGUGCCAACAUCAAGCCAGAGGGACCAAGAUGAGGAGGUGGAAGAAGGCUGUGUGGUAGUAGUAGAUUGCGACGAGGGCGAAGGCGGUGGCAAUCACCAGGCUCAAGAAGAAGAAGAAUUCGAUAAUGACCCGUACGAAGAAAUGGAGGAAGAAGAGGAGAUGCCGUAUGAAGUCGAAGUUGAGGUUGAACGGGACAAUAACGAAGUGGAGAUCAUCAUGGAGGAGGACUCGACCAGUGUCGAGGUUCCCAGACAGACUCAAGCGGCCAUUCCUAGCAAUCAGCAGCAGUCUGAGGCUAUCAGCAGUGCUGGGCCGACGGGAGAGCCUCCGACAUCCUUCACGGCAAGAUCGUCCAGAGGGAUCGCGCCUAUGCCUAGGCAACAACAGCAGCAGCACCUUCUUCUGCCACAGCAGGGCUACGAAGACGGCGGCGAUGAUUGCAUUGUUCCGAGCACGCCGACUCUGUUCGUUCCACGUCGCAGCGAUGGGUUCGGCGAGGCUGUGAGCUCCCCGCAAGUACCUCAGGGUCGUUUCACUUUCGGAGACCCGUCGGCACCUACCACCGCUUCUUCCACGCCGUCCUUGACGACACCUACAGGCUCUACCACCAGGACCAUCUUCGGUUCGUCCAGCUCUGCUGUAGCCCAGGUCGUCCAGGAGAGCCUGGACGAUAGCAGAAUGGACCUGGCGCAGCUGGAGGAUGGCGGGACUGGACGCAGCGUACCUACCACACCACUUCAAGUGUCACCGGCUGCGGACUUGCCACCUUCGACCAGCAGCGGCCAGCCUGAGGAACAAGAAACCACCGUUUCCGUGACGCCUGUUUCCGUAACAGCCACUUCCGGCGAUAACGCUGAGGAACCCAGUAUUCCUAGCAUCCGCAUCGUCGGCGCUGAUGAUCAACAACGCGGCUCCACAGAAGCUACAGAAUCCAGCGUGAUGCCAAGUGAAGGAGUGAGCUCGGAUGGUGAGAAGCGGUCGGAAGAGCCCGUGGCUCUGGCAUCCGGGGAUGACGAUGCCGUAGACACAGCGGAGGUAACGGAAGAAUCCGCGAGCGAGCUGGUCGAGGACGAUGUCGAAGAGGAGAGUCGCGAGGCGGAGGCGUCACCGUCCAGCAAUACUCGCCAGAGGACAUUGGCGGCCAGUUUGGCAGCGGCGAGUGCUUCCAACAGUAACAGAGGAGUGACAGUGAGAAGAUCACCGAGAUCACCCUUCAGAGCAGCGAGAGGUGCGAGACCUACACCGAUCGUUUGGGGUGAAAGUCAGUCGGGUAGAGGACAAGCCGUAAUACGUGGGGGACAGCAUGCUACGAGAGGAGCGGCGAACGAGGGAGGAGGGCGAGGACGAGGAACACGAGGGCGAAGAAUGCGUUCCAAGUAUCCUUACGCCCGAUAUUCGUAAUAUCAUAUAAGAGAGAAAGAGAGAGAGAGAGAGAGACGUCUUCUGUCCUGUAUAUCUUUUUUUUUUAUUCACUCUAUACAUUCUGCAUAGUUUUUCUCAUCGACUUUAAGUUAAGCAAACAAAGGAAAAAACAGGCAGGGGAAUUUCAAUUCAGUUUCACGAUCUAUAUGUUUAUUGUAUGAUAAGUACUUCAACGUUCCUUUUUAUUAUUAUUAUUAUUAUUUUUUUUUUAAUGAAAAACUUGUCCCAACAAUUUAAACCAUCAAUUUUAUACUAAUUAUACUUCAUGCUUCUUCUUAAUAAAUCCUUAAUAUAAGAAAAUUGUAAAUCAGACAGUUAAAAUUCCUGAUAUUUGUCAAGUUUCAGGAAUCAUAUGUUGAAAGACAAGGUUCUAACUUUUGAAACAUUAUCUCCGCUUUUUCUUAGAUAGUUGUGUGUGAUCGUUCGUUUAAUGAAUAAAAUAUAAUUAGCCAGUUUAUACCAAUAAGUAUAGUAGUAGUUAUAAUUAAGUAUAAAUACUAUUUCAAGAAAAGUAUAUCGAUUAUGACAAGUGAGGUAGUACGCGAUCAAUUUUGAGAGAAAGAGAUUUCAUACGUUUUAAUAAAAUAUACUUUUGAACCAUUUA